GAGUCCCUUAUGAUGUUCAGGGUGCCCCGGUCUCACCCCGGGAGCCUCCUCGCUCCGGCCUGCUCCUGGCUACCCGGUGGGCGGCUCUGGCCCCGGCGACCCGCGACUGUUUCUCCAUGCGCUGCCACUUCGCAAAGGCACAUCUCUAGGUCAGUGGUCAGCUGCAGCCAGAACGCUGCAACUCGCUCCAGGACUCGGGACUCGUGGCCUUGGUGGGCCUCGCAGAGUGCUGGAAGGGGCCUUAGAGAGCGACUGAGCGUCUCGCUCAGGUGUACACCACCGUGCAGAGAUGCCAGCUCUCCUGGAGGUGCACCCAAGAAGCCUACCGUCUUUGCCGCCUCCGCCAUCCCAGAGGCGCCGAUUGGGCUGAGCUGCAAAUAACUAAGAGAGAGGCCAAGCCAAGUCGUGGCGUUUGUGCGUGGCACCCGUUGUCAGCGGACACAGGCGGUCAGCUGAGCCUCCUCACCUCAGUUCGCAGCUAACGUGCUUCUUAGGCCUUCGGAAGAGGCGACAGGAGGCGAUGGCCGUGAGGUUGGGAGGGGGGUGAGCGGCGGGUGAGGUCCUCCAGGACCGCCCAUUUGUUGACUGGGUGGUACAGGGGGGCGAUGUUCGCUUACCCAACAACGACAGCAGGUGGAGCAGGCACUAAUGGAAAACUGUGGCCGGUGCCCUAAGCAGAAGGCAGGUGUAAAAAUCAUUAGGACAUCAAAGGGAUGGUACCACAAUCAAAUCCCGCAAUGUCUGUCUACGCUCUACCAAGCAAUUGUGCACGCUCCCCCUUUUCCAUUCAGUACUCCCAAGAAGGGUUGAGACGAACCCUGUGUCCACUGUAAAGCUCAGGGGAGAGCCGGAGCAAGGGAGGUGAAGUGCACAGACUGGGCAGAGGCGGCGGGCAGAACUGCGGGGGUGAGAGGGCGCGGUGGCUGCAGGGCGGGAGCCCCUGCUGAAAGGAGGCCUGGGUUGUCCUGUGGGUGACUGUUGGUGGAAUCUCUGGCAGUGAGUGGUUGGAAGAAUGGCGACGGGGGAGCAGAGGGGAAGGUGGUGACCCUGAGCGUCUGGCUAGGGGAGAGGAGGCUGUACUGACCCUCGUCUCUUCUUACCUGGCGGGGGACAGACCGUGGUCAAGAAGGGAGUUCUCCCUGGAUGAGACUAGUCCACCGCACUCCGGCUGCUCUGACCCCUGCGAUUUCCCCACACGCGGGGCCCUUGUCUGCGGUGGUGUUUGCGCUACCCGGGGGCUGGGUUCGCGCAGGCUCCUGACAGGCCUUGGCUCACCGCCGCCGACGCGGGUAUAGCAGCCAGAGACCCUUCCGCCGCCCUCCUAGGGAUCUUGAGGGCCUUCCUUGUUGUUCCUACUGAAGCUCACGAACAGACAGAUGUGAGCUCUCUGUCUUUUACACGUUGAAUUUGGCUAUUGGCAAAAAAGCCCUGACCCAGAGCUUGGGUCUCCUCCCGGCGUGCACACGACCUCCCGACUCUUGCCUCCUAGCGCGGCUCUUGGCUAGCGGGCAGGCAGCCUCCACCCAGCGUAGAACCGCGGCAGCCGCAGCCCCCACAGGCUGGCGGUCAGACACUAGCAGGAAAAGGGACACAAGACCUGCGUGGUGGGAAAGCAUGGGAGACGUCGCUUUCCCACCAGGCGAGAAGGUCUCCCUACAGUCUUUGGACACAAGAUGGAGGGAGGCACCCCUUCCAGGAGCAAGGCGGCUGCUCCUGAGGCCUGGCUCCGCACGGAGGCUCCUGGGUCCCGCGCGCCCUCUCCCUACCCGCUAUAGCCAGAGCUUCUUCACACAUCUCAGCCGGCUUCCUCCCGCCUCUGCCUCCUCUUCCUCCCCAGCUCGUGGGAAAGACCUAGCCUCCUCUCUAACACUUGGAGAGGGAGUUGGAUGUAAGUCUCCUAACUCCAGUAGGACACAGACCCUGAGGUGGGAGGGGACCCCUUGCCUUGCUGCUUCUCUUGGCACCGCGGGUCCAGCGGAAUGGACCCGGGCCCAGGACUCCUCGCUCCUCCUGGAAGGCCUGGGUCCCGUAGCCCACAGAGCUGGCCACGUGGGCAUCUCCCCCACUGCUCCUCAUAGAACCGGAGGCAUUAUCCUGCAGGGCCCACUCUUACCCAUGAAAGAAACUUGGGAAAUGCUCCCAGGGAAGCCGGGGAUCUGGGCGCUUGACCACUUCGGCGUGAAUCUUCCGUCCGCUCAUCCUUCCUUCGGAGGGUCUUGGGGAGAGGAGAAAUGCUCGAGGACGAUGCGCUUUGCAGCGUCUCAAGGGAAACUAGAUCUCAACGGAUACCAGAGGUCUGGAGCGUCUUCCUGGAGAAAGGUGGCCCGAGGCCUGCUGUUGCAGGGAGGCUUGCGGAGCACAGCGCCCUCUCUCAGCCUGAGCUAUCCAACGGCUUCCAGCAUCCCAGCUGGCUGACUCCUCUUCCUCUCUCUUCCUCCUACUGCGGGUCUUCUUCUUCUCUUUGGGGACCGAAUCUCGCUCUGUCGCCCAGGCUGGAGUGCAGUGGCGCACUGCAACCUCCGCCUCCCGGGUUGAAGCGAUUCUUCUGCCUCAG